UUCAUAGUUUCAAAUAUCCUGAAACGCUCUCAUUUGUGAUAUCUCAUAGCAACCCAUACUUCUUUACUAGAACUGCCUUCGCUAUGAGUAAAGUCCUCGUUGUCUUCGGUGCCACGGGGCAGCAGGGCGGCUCUGUCGUCAGGCACGUUCUGAGUGAUCCUCAACUUUCUAAGGAAUAUCAUGUCCGUGCAGUAACACGCGACCCAUCAAGGAGCGCCGCAAAAGCCCUACAGCAACUAGGCGCUGAGGUUGUUCAAGGUGAUGCCGACGAUCCAUCGUCGCUCACUACAGCCUUAAAGGGAGCCCAUACCGUCUUCGCCGUCACCCUCAUGGUCUCUGCUGAAAACGUGCCGAAAUCCCAGGAGUAUAUCCAGGGCAAGGCCAUGGCCGAUGCAGCGGUUGCAGUCGGCGCAGAGUACUUCAUCUUAAGUACGCUAUCGAAUGUCUCUCAAAUUACGAAUGGCAAAAUCACCAACGUCGAGCACUUCGAUCAAAAGGCUCAACUUGAGGAAUACGUGCGCACCUUACCUAUCAAGAGUGCCUUCUAUGCUCCUGGCUUUUUCAUGCAAAAUUUUAUAAAUAUCUUAGUACCGCAGCCUGUCGGUGAUGGGUCGUUCGUUCUGGUCAACGUUACCACACCCCAGACUCAGUUUCCUUUAAUUGAUAUCGUUGAGGAUACAGGAAAGUUCAUUGGCAGUAUCCUGAUGGAACCAGCCAGGUUCGAGGGGAAGACGGUCAGGGCCGCUGAGAGACUAGUCUCUUUAGAAGAGAUUGCGGAGACAAUGAGCCAUGUGUUAGGGAAAACGGUUAGGUAUAACCAAAUACCCAAGAGCACGAUGCAACAGUAUCUCCCACCUAGUAUUGCUGACGAAAUCAUUUGGAUGUACAUAUAUUACCAGGAUUUUGGGUACUUUGGACCACAGACUAAGGAUGUUGUAAAGGAGGCUGCUCAGGUUGUCCGUGGGAAGUUAACGACGUUUGAAGAGUUUCUUACUAAGAAUGUCCCUCCAACUUUAAAGUGAUCAAAAAUUGUGAUAGUUCAUAAGCUACUAGUUUCACGAAAAUUGUUACAGCUCUGUCUCUUGAUAUUCUGGAAAUAGAUUCAAUGGUGCUAUCAA